ACCGCGGUGUCGCACAGUAUAGGGGGUGUUUCCCUCAAGUGUUGCUAUGGUCACGGGUGUUCCAGCUGGCGCGGGCAGGAGGGGUGUCCCCACCGUAUUCUAUCAGUUUCUGCAAAAGCUGACAAGAGUUCAAACUGGCUGCAGCCAAAACAUUGGACUAAGUGGGGAUAUUAAAUACAGAGCUGGCAUUGUGGAGAGAAAACUAUUAAGUUAGAAGACAACUGAGUUUUUUUUUUUUUUUUCCUUUACGUUGGUGGGAUUUCUGUUUUGGGAAAUUGGUGAUAUUUUAUUACGUAGGUGCAUCCAGUGUUGCAGUGUCAAAAGUGGCUGGCGUUUCCUAUAGAAGAUCCAUAGCAGAUAGUCACACUCGAAGCGUAUCGGCAAACAGGCACUGGCAGGAUUCUGUCCACCUGGAGCAGACAGACAUACAGACAGACAGAGGCAGAUGACGAUGCAAGCCAGGCAGCUGGAGAUGAACCAAGCUCUGCUACUUUUCACCUCUUUCUUCCUUAUACUCCCAGCCCUGUGUACCAAUUACCUGAUGCAUCCUGGGCGGAGGGUGUGUUACAGAGGGGCAGCGAGCAGCACCUCGCUCUCACACACAGAGUCCUUUGUCCAGCCAGUCCACAAGCCAUACCUCACCUUUUGCGAAGGCCACAGACUCUGCAGUACCUACAGAACUUCCUACAGAGUGUCCUAUCGACAGGUCAUCAGGAAGCUGCCCCCACCGAUGCCAGAGUGUUGUCCUGGGUGGAGGAGAGUUAAUUCACACAGCUGUAACCAAGCUGUUUGUGCGAAGCCCUGUGCACAUGGAGGAACCUGUGCGAAACCCAAUCAGUGUGCCUGCCCUCCAGGCUGGACUGGGAGAUACUGUCUCAAGGAUGUGGACGAGUGUAGCAGCGGGACCCAUGCAUGUGCCCAGCAGUGCCAGAACAUCGCCGGGAGUUACCAGUGUGGGUGUCGGGAGGGGUACCUGCUGAGUAGCGACGAGCGAUCUUGUGAGCAGGUGGACCAGCCAGUCCCAAACAAGACCACUAAUAAACUCAACAAUGCAGAUGAAGAGCCUGUGGCUUCAGAUCAGAUGAAGGAAGAGGUUCAGGACCUGAGGAGCAGAGUGGAGGUGCUGGAGCAGGUAAUACAAACCCCACCAUAAUCACAAGUGUAAAGAAAGUGCCUCUAGCAGGAGCUGUCAUUAAGACUCUAUGCCAGAUUUAAUAAGAUGUUGCUGGAGUGCAAAGCUAGAAGUCGCAGUGCUGAUUCAG